ACUGCUAGCGCUUUGCUUAAGUUAGCUGGCGUAGGCGUACACUUGCCAGGCCUUACUACCUCUAAUGCAAAAUUGUCAAUAACAAUGUGGUGUAGGUUGGGAUGGUGCGUUGAGUAACAGGUAAUGGAUCGUCGGGGUUCCCAUAAGGGCUAUGUACGUGCAAAGAAUAACCAAACAGGAUUUGAUGAACGAGAAAGACCCAUUGAAUUGGAGCACGUGGCGUACAACAGGGAUGGGCAGUAUAAUGCAGCUCUUGAUUCUAUGGAGGAUGGGACAAAUGAAGCUUUAGUAAAUGGCAACAGUGAUGAGCCAUGUGUUCAAACAAGACUUCCCAAAUUGACGGGAGCCAAGAAAGAGCUCUAUGAUCAUAACUCAACCACAUUCUUUGAUGAUGGUGUGAGAAAAAUUGAUUUUGUGCUAGUUUGGGAUGAAUUAAUUCCAUCAAAUGUAUCUGAGUUAUCGGAUUCUAAGCGAGAAGUUUUUGAAAGUAAUCUGGAGAAGGAAGGUCUUCAAAUGGAAUAUGUGGAUACACCAGGAGUCUCACUGCAUUUCAUUAAAUUACAUGCUCCAGAUGAAGUAUUGAGACGCUAUGCUGAAAUUUUGAAGCUGAGAAUGCCCAUGAAAAAGAUUGAGCAAGAUGUUAUUAACUGUGUUGGCUCAACCUCAAUGGAAUUCCUGCUAAAAAUCCCUGGAAUGCUGCAGUUCCAUAACGCAACAAACGAAAUCGUGCACGAAGUGAAAUCUCGAUUCGAUAGCAUCUUAGAUUAUUUUCGACCAGACCCGCAUCUGUUUCCUGUAAAAGCACAACGAUUUUCGGCCGUUUAUAGCCGUGAUAAAGAAUACCUAUUCAACGUAGACGAUGAAGAUUUUUUUACCUCGUCCAUCCGUUCACGAAUUGUAGAUUUCAUUCUCAAACGCAAGCGCUUCAAGGAAGACACGGAUGAUGAAUUCGCGUUUGGCAUCGAACGUUUGCUCACAGAAGGGGUCUAUUCGGCUGCCUAUCCACUGCAUGAUGGUAGUGAUCACGUAGAUGGUAAUUUGCGUAGUUUGCUAAGAACCGAAUGGACGGCCUUAAACAAACUACAUCGCUACCAACCAUUAGACUAUGUCAAGGAUUAUUUUGGCGUCAAGAUUGCGCUUUAUUUCGCAUGGCUUGGUUUUUACACGCACACUCUUCUCUUUGCUUCCGUUGUCGGUCUCUUGUGCUUCCUUUUCAGCUUCCUAUCAUUGUCCAGUAACAUCCCCAGUAACGACAUCUGCUCGGGGCGUUUCAAUGUAGUCAUGUGUCCAAUUUGCGACUACUCGGGCGACAAUUCCUGUGAUUAUUGGUAUAUCUUUGAAACGUGUUUACAUUCAAGAGCAGCCUAUCUGUUUGACAACGCUACAACCGUCUUCUUUGCAGUCUUCAUGUCCUUUUGGGCGGUUUUGUUUUUGGAAAUGUGGAAACGCUACUCGGCCGAAAUUACUCAUCGCUGGGACUUGACUGGUUUCGAUCACCAGGAAGAACAUCCACGUCCGCAAUAUCUUGCCCGUCUGGCUCACGUUAAAUCAAAGCGAGUCAAUGUCGUGACGCAAACGCUGGAGCCGCGAGUGCCGUUCUGGCGAAUCAAAUUUCCAGCUGCUCUUUUGUCCAUCUCGCUGAUCCUACUUCUUGUUUCUAUGGCCAUGGCUACUGUUAUGGGAGUCAUUCUUUAUCGUAUGUCGCUCCUGGCGUCACUUUCGAUUCACAACGAUCAGAACAUUACCGCAAACGCCAUGCUGAUCACCACGGCCACAGCCGCCUUCAUCAAUCUGUGCUGCAUUCUACUCUUCAAUAGAUUCUACGAAAAAAUCGCGCUGUGGUUGACGGAGCAAGAACUACCACGAACACAGAGCGAAUUCGAAGACAGCCUCACGCUGAAGAUGUAUCUAUUACAAUUUGUGAACCACUACGCCUCUAUCUUCUACAUAGCCUUUUUCAAGGGAAAAUUCGUGGGCUAUCCCGGAGAUUACAAUCGAUUCUUUGGAUAUCGUCAAGAAGAGUGCGGCACUGGCGGAUGUCUUGUGGAAUUGUGUAUUCAACUCGCUAUUAUUAUGGUCGGAAAGCAGGCCAUGAACACCUGCAUGGAAAUGGUCCUACCAAUGGUAUUUAAAUGGUUCAACUCGAUACGUGUCCGAACUGGAAUGGGCAAACAGCCGAAGGAAAGCCAAGCUUACAAGGCUCAGUGGGCCAAAGACUAUCAAUUAGUUGCUUGGGGAAGUGAAGCUCUCUUUGCUGAGUAUCUCGAAAUGGUUUUGCAGUACGGUUUUGUUACCAUCUUCGUAGCGGCCUUCCCCCUUGCUCCGCUGUUUGCGCUACUUAACAACGUCCUAGAAAUGCGACUGGAUGCUCGUAAAAUUUUGACACUGCAUAGAAGACCAGUGGCUCAACGAGUUAAAGAUAUUGGAGUUUGGUACACCAUUCUCGACUGUCUAGGCAAACUUUCUGUGGCGACAAACGGAUUGAUUAUUGCCUUCACGUCGGAUUUUAUUCCCCGGCUGAUUUACACGUUGAAAUAUAGCCCAGACCAUUCUCUUAGUGGCUACGUCAACUAUACUUUGGCGUAUUUCAGUACGGCAGAUUUCAGUCAUGCACAACAAGUGUCGAAUGUGAGUGCCGCGGUGGAUAUUUGCAGAUACCGCGAUUUGAGGGAACCUCCUUGGCUGCCAAGUAAUCCACAGGAACCCAAUCCUAACAAAUAUGCGCUUAGUGCCGAUUUUUGGUAUAUUUUGGCAGCCCGUUUGACGUUUGUCCUCGUGUUCCAGAAUGUUGUGGCUUUGGUGACAAUGGUAAUACGCUGGAUUAUACCAGAUGUUCCACGAAAACUCUCUGAGCGCAUAAGACAGGAAGCUUAUUUUACAAACGAGAUCAUUAUCAAACAAGAAAUGAUCCGAGCUCGAGGAUCAGUACGAGGUGCGCAGGCUGUCAGGGGUGACUCAACUGCACGACUACUUCGUCCUCGUUCUUAUGUUGAACCCCAAAAUAUGUCUCCAUCCCCGUAUGACGAUGCAGUGCUAUUCAAACGGUCAAAAUCUUCCUGCCCUCGAAUAUCAACAAGCAAAAGUAUUGACGCUGUUUAGCAAAAUCAUGGCUAGUCUUAAGGUAAUAGAGCCCUUGGAUUGAAUGUUUCUAAUCUUCCCUAUCGUUCCUUUCAUCUGUGGAACUCUAAAGAAAUAUUUAAGAGCUUUCCCAAAGUAUUACUUUUUACAUCUCUUUUAUAUGUUAAUAUUGAUAUUUGCUGAAUCUCCUUUUACUCAUUGUUACCUUUAUGCUAAAAUUUAUAACUGGUUGCUAUAGUUCUAAUUGCCCUUUGAAGAUGACUGCCUUUGCUCUCUUUUCAAUGUGAUUUUAAACCCAAAAUUAUUCAACUUCUUUUCUUUGAGUCUUUGAAUAUCAUUAUUUUUGCUCUCUUUUUAUCGAUGUAAUUCUUAAACCCAGAAAUGAUCCAGUCUACCUUUUCAACCGGUGUAUAGGAACCAGGUAGAAAAAAGUACGAGAAAUAGAAAAAAAAAAUAUGAAAAA